CCAACCAGAUGAAAGGUCUAUUACUUUUCCUGGCUCACUCCAUUGUUCGAUUGGAUGGGUCUGAGUACAACAUUCAGACAUGGCGGAAGGAACGGUGGACCAGGUUACUGAUGGAGAGCAAGAAGAAGCAUAUUUUUACCGAGAAAGGAUUAAAUGUACACCAGAAGAGGAGACAAAGCUCGAAAGGCAACACUUUUGGAAAGUGAUCGAUGCGUUUAGAUACUACAGGAUGCAUGUUCAAGAGCGGGUGAAUCGAGCAGAGCGUCAGUUCCAGAGUCUUCCGGAGCAUCACCAGCUGCUGCUGCCCGGGGUCUUGCCCAACCUGGCCCGUAUCCGCCGCAGUGUGGACCACAACCAGGAGGUGCUGCAGGCUAUCGUGCUCAACUGUAUCCACAUGUUUGAGAACAUGGAGUAUGGUGAAGAGGAUGACCUGAGGAAGGUGGGUACGUCUUCCACGUUCGACAUGGACAAGCUCAAGUCCACCAUUAAGCAGUUUGUGCGUGACUGGAGCGAGGCCGGCCAGGCUGAGAGAGACUCCUGCUACCUGCCCCUCAUCCAAGAGAUCCAGAGACUCUUUCCCAGCAACAAGUGUGAUGUGUCCAAGGUGAGCGUGCUGGUUCCGGGGGCAGGGCUUGGUCGCCUGGCAUGGGAAAUCGCUCGUCUGGGUUAUGCCUGCCAAGGCAACGAAUGGAGCUUCUUCAUGCUCUUCUCCUCAAACUUCGUCCUCAACAGAUGUGAAAAGGUCAACUCCAUGACCCUGUACCCCUGGAUCCACCAGUUCAGCAACAACAAGAGGUCAUCUGACCAGACGCGGCCAAUCAGCUUCCCAGACGUCAACCCCCAGAGCCUGCCUCCAAACUCGGACUUCUCCAUGGUGGCUGGGGACUUCCAGGAGGUCUACACAGAGCCUAACACCUGGGACUGCGUGGCUACCUGCUUCUUCAUCGACACGGCGCACAAUGUCAUCGACUACGUGGAGACCAUCUGGAACAUUCUGAAGCCUGGAGGCGUGUGGAUCAAUCUUGGCCCACUGCUGUACCACUUUGAGAACAUGGCCAACGAGCUCUCCAUCGAGCUCAGCUACGAGGACGUCAGGGCAGCAAUUUUAAAAUAUGGAUUCCAUUUGGAGGUGGAGAGAGAGUCUGUCCCCACCACCUACACGGAGAACGAUCAGUCCAUGCUGAAGUACCUGUACGACUGUGUUUUCUUUGUGGCAAGGAAACCUGACCAUCUGUAUGCCAACGGUUACCAGGUGGUCCAUAAGAACAGACCGGAAGUGUCGCAACGGCGAGAGAGCUGCGACGGUCUGACGUGACAUCGUCUGUCAUGACAUUGCAGAGCAACAACCGGAAAAAAAAAGCAAUUGGCCACCACCAAGAGCAUAAAAAAAAUUGUAAGAUGACAGAAACACAAGUCAAUGGACAGGUUUGCUUUCAUGUUUCUUCUUCUUUAUAUUGUCUCAUCGCCAGAGCUGCCAAAUCACCUUCCUUCCUCCCCUGAGCCUUUGAGAUUGAGACAGAUGCCUAUUAUGAACUCAAGUGACUAAAUCUGUCAGCACAGGACUGUUUGUCUUCAGUUAAAGAGGCAAAGUGACGCCUCUAUCUCCAUGGUGACCUGAUGUAGUUGCAUGCGUGUCAGAGACCCGCCUCUACGUCUUCCCAUUGUAUUUAUUUUGUAAAAUACAGUUACCAACUCUGGCUAUUUAUAGUAAAACAAAAAAAGUAUCACUUAAAAUCAUUUGCUGAAGUGGCUGGAGUUGGUUAUUUUAACCUAUAUUGUAUGAUUGGACACAGAUUGAGUUUCAGCAUUACACCCUGGAUCUAGUACUGUCUCACUUAAUAAAGAAAAACAAUUCUUUAAAAAAAA